AGAUCGCGCUCUCCGGUCGCCGGCUCGCUCUCUACUGGGAGUGCUCGCGGCCUGCAUCUCGGCGUCUGCUCGCGCGGCCUGGAUCCCAUCUGCCGGCACCCCGUUGCUCUCCGCACCCUGCUGGGCCACAGCCUGGCGGCCCCCUCUCCCGACAGCCUUCCAUGGAGUAGGGUCCUGGACCGUUGUCCCGAAGAGCGAGAUCGAGCUUGGCCCCCUCCCCCCUCCCUUCUCCUUCCCUCCUUCCGCCGCAACAUGGCCAACAACAGCCCCGCGCUGACAGGCAAUUCGCACCCGCAGCACCAGGCGGCCGCGGCCUCGGUCCAGCAGCAGCAGCAGUGCGGCGGCGGCGGCGGCGCCACCAAGCCGGCCGUCUCGGGCAAGCAGGGCAAUGUGCUGCCGCUCUGGGGCAACGAGAAGACCAUGAACCUCAACCCUAUGAUCCUCACCAACAUCCUGUCGUCGCCGUACUUCAAAGUGCAGCUUUACGAGCUCAAGACCUACCACGAGGUGGUGGACGAGAUCUACUUUAAGGUCACGCAUGUUGAGCCGUGGGAGAAAGGAAGCAGGAAGACAGCAGGCCAGACAGGGAUGUGCGGAGGGGUUCGAGGUGUUGGAACUGGAGGAAUUGUUUCUACAGCUUUUUGCUUAUUAUACAAAUUGUUUACUUUGAAGUUAACUCGGAAGCAAGUGAUGGGUCUCAUAACACACACAGAUUCUCCAUAUAUUCGAGCUCUUGGAUUUAUGUAUAUAAGGUACACACAGCCCCCUACAGAUCUAUGGGACUGGUUCGAAUCCUUCCUUGAUGAUGAAGAGGACCUAGAUGUGAAGGCUGGUGGAGGCUGUGUAAUGACCAUUGGAGAAAUGCUGCGGUCUUUUCUCACAAAACUGGAGUGGUUUUCUACCUUGUUUCCAAGAAUUCCAGUCCCAGUUCAGAAGAAUAUUGAUCAACAGAUUAAAACCCGACCCAGAAAAAUCAAGAAAGAUGGGAAGGAAGGCCCGGAGGAAAUAGACAGACAUGUUGAGCGCAGACGUUCAAGGUCUCCCAGGAGAUCACUGAGUCCACGGAGGUCCCCCAGAAGAUCAAGAAGCAGAAGCCAUCAUCGAGAGGGUCACGGGUCUUCUAGUUUUGACAGAGAAUUAGAAAGAGAGAAAGAACGCCAGCGACUAGAACGUGAAGCCAAAGAAAGAGAAAAAGAAAGGCGAAGAUCCAGAAGUAUUGAUCGGGGAUUAGAACGUAGGCGUAGCAGGAGUCGGGAAAGGCAUCGAAGUCGCAGUCGCAGUCGUGAUAGGAAAGGGGAUAGAAGGGACAGGGAUCGAGAAAGAGAGAAAGAAAAUGAGAGAGGUAGAAGGCGAGAUCGGGACUAUGAUAAGGAGCGAGGUGUUGACAGAGAUAAGGAGAGGGAGCGAUCGAGGGAACGGUCCAAGGAGCGCCGGAGUAGAGGUGAUGGAGAGGAGAAGAAAGACAAAGAUGACAGGCGGCAUAGAGAAGACAAGAAGGAUGGCAAGAAGGAGAAAAGGCACAGUAGAAGCCGGAGCAGAGAGAAGAAGCACCGGAGCAGGAGCAGGAGCAGAAAUGCAGGAAAGCAGAGUCGGAGCAGGAGCAAAGAGAAAUCCAGCAAACACAAAAAUGAAAGUAAAGAAAAAUCAAACAAACGAAGUAGAAGUGGCAGUCAAGGAAGAACUGACAGUACUGAAAAGAAGAAACGAGAACAUAGCCCCAGCAAAGAAAAAUCUAGAAAGCGUAGCAAAAGCAAAGACCGCUCCCACAAACGAGAUCACAGUGAUAGUAAGGAGCCGUCAGACAAACAGGAUCGUCGAAGGAGCCAAAGUGUAGACCGUGAGAGCCAAGACAAACAUACAAACAAAGAUGAGACUGUGUGAAUUUUCUUUUGUAAAAGUGGAUCACAUUGAAUCCUAUAAAUGUUUGAUGAAAUCUGCUUUUAUUCCCCCCUUGAGUUAAAAUUGUGCAGUAGUUAUAUCCGUUCCUUAAGAUCCCUUUAGGCUGCAUUUUCAUUUCCUCUCUUGUGUAGGGAAGUGCCUUUGUAAUCCCAUUUAUUGCAUUGAUGUUUUCACCUAACUGUUGAGUUUGACACAUGCUGCACAGAUUGUUCAUUCUUCAUGUUUGUUUUUGUUAUUUUUUAAAAUGUACAGUCUGUACAUAUGUCCUGAAAAUGUUUUGAUUCCUUUGGCAUGGUUGCCAUGUUGGUUAAAUUUGUAUAAGGCAAUAAACUGCCACUAAUUCUAUUUUUGUUUUGUAGGUGUGGGAUUAUGGUUUGUGUACUGAAGUUUAGCAUGGCUGUGCUUUUCGUCAUAGAAUGCAAAGACAGAGAAUGAAUCUUGGAUGUGUAUUAUAGGAGAAUUAUCUGUGCAUCCAAUGUACAUGAAGGCAGCAUUUGUAGGAUUAACACUCUUGUCCACUGUAUAUUACCUUGGAAGGCUCUUGUUACUAUGUUACACUUAUAUUCGCCACAGUUACCUUUAGAGAGAAUUUAUGAAAAGUUAGUUUCUGAUGCAGAGGUUUAAAUUAGGCUGUGAUUUGAUCAAAAGUCCUUUUAGCAUUCUACCUCAAAGGGACACUUGGUAUGCCUAAAAUUUAUUCACUUCUUUUUCCCUUUCUUUGAAAAGAUACAUGACAUGUAAUCUUUUUUUCUUGCAUUCUCAGAUUUUAAAAUACUAUAUUAAAGAUAAAAUUAAUGUCUAAAGCCUAGCAUUCUUGCAGCAACCCUAUACUAACAUGCAAUUUGGAGGGGGUGGGACAGAUGAACAAGAUUUACGUCUCAAGCUUCCAAAGCAUUUUUAUAAAUGGAAAAUAAAUUAUGAUGCAGCUUGAUAAUGUCCUUUUUUAAAGAUUCAAAACUUUUUUUAUUGAUGAAGACUGCUGUUUGAGUUUUUAAACUUACUCUAGAACAGAGAAAUAUUAAAGAGUAAUGCUAUUGUGCAUUAUUUAAAACUAUCAGCGAAUUAUUUGAUAGAUUGUUCUUAUGAUUUGUAUUCUGAUUACCGAGAACCAUCAUGAGUGUGGAAUAAAUGCUGGAUUAAAUCCUUUAUCCUGGG